ACACUUUACAUGUGCACACUAACAUAUUUCUAUGCACAUUGUGUGUGGGCGGACAAAGCAUAAAUUUGACUAGAUAUGAGUUUAAUACCUAACGACCGUAUUGUACGUAUUGUACGUAUUAUUCACAUAUUGGAUAACAAAUCAUUUUGAGUUUAUUAUUAUUUUGUAAUGAUGACACACACUAGAAUAUGAUGAAUCAGUAUUGAAAUCUACAUCAUCGAUAUUCGUUUUUGUUUUAUUAUCUCAAAUGAAAACAAUGCCAUUAUACAAUGAUUGAAUAGUUAUCAUUUUCAUCAUUACUUACAUUGAUGUAUUGUUAAAAAUGUUUCCUAUGAUAUUAUUCUAUAACAGUUAAUAUUGUCAUCAAAAGUGUUAUAAAUGCUAAUUUCAAUUUAUUUAACCUAAAAUGUUGUAUUAUGCAAUAGUUCUUAUUCAAAGGUUCCAUAGACCAGUUUCAUUUUAAUCAGGAAAUUUAAAACGGACGCAAUAAAACUAUAAAAAUAAGUUUGAGAAAGAAAGUAAGAAAGAAAAAAUAAACUACAAGACAAUUUGUAUGAUCAAUUACUAAUUCAUAUUGGAAUUUCAAAUAUUAAAAAAAAUGAAAGUUGAAUUUUCUUUACCUUCAGCUCUUCAAUAUGGUGAUUGUAUUGAAGUGAAUGGAAAAGCCGGUAAUAACAAGUUUUCAAUCGACUUAAUCUCUGAUUAUUUAGCUUUUGACCCAACUAUACUGAGUGAACAAGAUAGAACUGAUGAAUGUGAACUGCCAAUUGUUGAAACACAACCAUUGCAAAUAUUAAUAGAAACAACUGGUAGCUGGGAUAUUAAUGCUAAUUCACCAGAGACUAGUACGUCAUCACAUGGUAGUUCAGCGAAACGAUUUGGUUUUCGUGCCAAUGAAAAUUUUGUAUGCAGAGUUGUCAUUAAAACUGAAUAUUAUGUUGUUUAUCUAAACGAUAUGAUGUUAUCGAACUCUGAACACUUAGUUCCUGUAGGCUCUAUUAACGGUUUUGCAAUCGAUGGUGACUCAGCCAUUUCAACUAUAUUAUUUGGUGACUUAAAUGCUAUUGAAAAAUACAAUUCUAAACAUAUUGUACAACAUGUUCAAUCAAACAAUCCCAAAAUUAUUGAAUGUCGACUAACGUCUGAUGACUUAUUAGCUACUGUUUUAUUCAAUGAUAGUGAAGAACAUUCAGAAACUUACGAUGACUUCAGUGAUAACCAUGUUAAGAAUAGUAAUAUCAAAAUCAAUGUUUUUACUGGUGUUGAACAUAACACUAAAAAAGAUGAUAUUUCCAAUGGGGAAUUUACAAUUAAAGAGAAUCAUUUAGAUAGAGAAGAAACAUUGGAAGGUACAUGUACACAAAAUUUAAAAACAGGACAUACCGGUUUUUUGUGCAAUCCAUCAAAUUUACUUCACUCUAACAGUGAAUUAAUAAGUCAAUGUCAUGACAAUAAUACAAACAAUUUUGUAAUUAAUAAUAACAAUCAAAAGUUAAGCAAUUCUAGCAAACUAAUUAGAGCUUCAUCAUAUCAAUUAGUAUUUGAUGUAGACAGUGAUUCAAAUGAAGAAAUAGACCGAAACGAUGAAGUAAAUGAAACAUCAAUAAAAACUGUUAAUCUAUCUUUAUUCAAUCAGACAAGAGCUAAAAGUAUUCAAAAUCUAUUUCAUUUUCAUCAUAAUCAUUAUGAUAAUUUUGAUCAUAUAAAUAAAUUUAUUCAUGAAUCACAACUAUUAAUAUCCGAAGAUCAAGGCAAUAACACUGAUCGUUUAAAAGAUACACUAAAUAUCUCAAUGAAUAAUUUAAUAUGUCAGAACAAAUCACUAGAAUCAAAAGAUUUUAAUGAAGUGAGUGACUCAAAUCAAUUAUCUGGAAAAUUUCCAACAUCACAACCAUUAGGACUGGUAAGAGAAGAAUUUGAAUUGGAUCAAAAUAAUGAAGGCAAUUUAGAAAGUAUUCAAACGAAUACGAAUAAGUUAAAACAAAAAAAUUCAGUUGUUAAAAAUACAAAUGGAGUAUCUUGUCAUAUGGAUUAUAUGUCUAAUUUUGCUAAAUCAAUAAACAAUUUAACAGAAGAUGGAUCAGAACUAACUAGAAGUACAAUGUUGAAUGAUGAAAAAAUAAAUGUAGUGAGUAAUCGAACAAGCGAAACUAUGAAUUCAUUAGAUAAUCAAGAUCAUAAAGGACAUGUUAUGCCAAAAGAAUUAAACAGUAUGACAUGUGAGUCAAAAAUACCCGUAUUCAGAAAUAAUUCAUCCAAUAAACAUACACCUAGUUUAAUAACUAAUGGAUUACAAGAAGUCAAAUUUAAACCUUUAAAAUCAGCCCGUAAAGGCAGAUUUCAUCCAAACGAAACUGAUUCAAAUCCAGAUGACUGUUCAUUUUUAUCCUGCUCAGAUAAACAAGGACUAAUCCAUUCUAGAAUUCCACAACCCUUAUGUUUAAUACCUAAUAGUAAUAGCAGUAAUAAUAUAGAUAAGUCACAUAAUGGUAGUCAACAAUUACCAAUAAAUGAAUCGUCGAUAAAACCUGAUUGUAACAAAUAUCCAACCAAUAAGCAUUCUAUUAAUGGUAUGUCAAAAUCAGAAGUUCAAAAUGAUUCAAUUGCGAAGCUUAAUACCAAUAAAAAUGUAAUUAAUCGAAAUCCAUUAAAAUCAAGUCAGUCUGUUAAUAAUCGAAAAUCUUAUCCAUUAUUAAGUAAUGAUAUGAAAUCAUUUAGUAACCCGGUGAAAAAUGGCACUGAUUCUGUAAAAGCAUCCUCAAUGAACAAAUCAUCGACAAAAUUCACAUCUUCAUCGUCAUCAUCUUUGUCAUCUCCAUCAUCACAACCAUCAACAACAUCGUCCUCUUUAUCAUCAUUGUCAACAAAACUAUGCUCGAAUUCAGUUGCAAAACCAUUAUUACGUUCAAAUGGAUUAAAAAGUCGAAAACAGAAACUCACUGAAACCAAUAAUAAAUCCACAAAUGAUCGACAACAAGAAAGUUUAAUGGAUGAAAAUCUUGCUAAAAUCGAUUCGACAACAAAAUUCAAGUCUACAAAUGAUAUAUCAUUGAGUUCAAUUUCAACUGAUCGAAAACAGAAAGAUUAUUUGAAUGUAUUCAAUCAAUCAAUAAGUCAACAGUGUAAGUUAACUAACCAAGUCAAUUCAACAACCACAAAAUUCAAGGAAAGGGAUCAUUCAGUACUAUCUAACGGACUACUAUCUUGUUUAAAUGAUAAAGAACUGAUAAAUUGUACACAACCAUUAUGUGAAAAUAAGUAUAUUUUAAACAAGGUCAGUAAUAAUUCUACCACUACUGAUAAUAAUAAAAUGGACAAAUUUAAAGAUUCCGUAAAACAAGAAAACGGAUUGCACAAUGAAUAUUUAACAUUGAAUGAUCAAUUCAAUGUAAAUCACAAUCAUGAUUCUAGAAAUGAUGUAAAAAAGCAUUUAAAUGGUAACAUGAUAACGAUGAAAUCAAAAUUAACAGGGAUUGAUGAAAUCAACAAUUCAAAUAAUUUACAAUCUAUUCAAAACAAUUAUACAGACAACAUUAGUAUUCAUAUUCAUGAUGAGAUGACGUUAAAUGUGAAAGAAAAUAAUGAUAAUUAUUUGCCUGCUUCAAUAAUAUCAUCAUGUACACAGUCAAUGACCAAUUCAAUCACAAACACGCCGGGAAUAUCUAAGACGUCAACAAUAUUGACCGAAUCAACAAUAAAUGGUAGUUUAUGCUGUGAGAAAAAUAAAAAUUCUAAAAAAUUUAUACAAUCCCCUAAAAAAUGGUUAACCCGUAAGUUAUCCAUGAUUAAAAAAAAACAAUGAAGUAGAAAAUAAUUUAUGUGUGCACAGUACAUCAUUAUCAAGUUGAUUGCAAUAUAUACAAAACCGGUACACAUUUGCUUACACGUUAAAUAAACAGUUUAUAUUUGAUAACCGUUUACUAAUGACUGAUUAUUUAUCUAUGACAUUUAAUUACAGGUUAAAUGUGAUAUGUAUACAAUUAUUUAUAGCAAGUCUUUCAUCUACAUAAUUGGUUCAUUGCAUGAGAACCUACUCUUUGCUGUUGAAACAUAUUCAUGUCAAGAGAUCUCAUAUGAUAUUAGAACGCAGAAAACAAACUGUUCACAGUGCAAAACUGUAAACUUUUUAUUAGUGAAAACUUAUUACUCAGCAUGCCAUUGACCUUUUUGGUUUAUUUUAAUAUGAAAAUAGUAACACGAGUAUAAUAAAACUCAUAAUGACCAAUAAAUCUGUCUUAGGUGUUAUUUGGGUGCAAACUUCAAAAAUUACUAUAAUGUGAGAAGAAUGACAGCAUUUAACUGAGAGCCUAAGUGUGGUAUGAGAUCUUUUGGAAAUAAAAUAUUGUAAAUAUCAUUGCACUGUGUAUGACUUUACGAAUAUAUCCGGAUUGAAUGAAUUUACACAUCUUUGCAAACGCCCAACAGCGAUGAAAAUUUAGGCUUAAAACUGCAAACUCCAAUCUGAAUAUCGAACAGCUGGAUAAAAUAAGUAGGGAGUCCUGUCUUGACCUGAAUUCCAAGUCGAGAACUUUGCUAGACGGAUACUUAAUUUUUCAUUCCAAACUGUUUGUCCUAAUACUACAACUACAAAAAAUAUAGCCUGAUCUGUGGUGGAAAAUAAAUGAUAUUGCUUGAAUUACUAUUUAUGAGCCGAUUAUCAGGAGUGCUUAGCAGUUAAGGUAUUCGAUUUUCAGCUACUAAACCUGUUUCGAACCCAGCUCCUCCUGCUUUGAUUUGCGCAAAUGGAUAGUAUUAUCAGCCUUCACAUAUGGUAUGACGUAUUGCCAAGAAACUGGUGAAUAAAUGUACCUUAAUAUUUUAUUAGCCCAAUUUAGUUUAGAUGACUGAUAUUCGUACAGUUUACACCAAUGCUAAAUAUUUCUGGUACAAAUCUCUGGUUAAGGAGAAGUUUUCCCAUAAUUGGAGAUGUAGCUAAUUGAUAAUUAACGAUAGAUAGAAAAUCUAAUUUAGAUGCUGUAUUCCCUACACAUUU